GAUGUUCCUGACGGAAACACGACAUUGUUCUGAACGAUAAUACUGUAACAUUUUUUCGUUUGUUAAAAGAGUACUUUUUUUUAUCCAAGCAAUCAUGAAAUUGAAAUUGGUCGAAAGUUGCAUUACAAAACCCUGUAUUUGUCUUUUUAUACUUUUCAUGCACCUGUCGUUAACAACAGCAGUCUGGAACAAUUAUUUGGGGAUUAAAUCAAAUAGCUGGAGAUUCGCGAAUGUGUCUCAAGUCAAACUAAUGCUGGAGAAAACAGAAUGCCUCGCUAUGUGUGAGAAUAUGGUCGGAUGUGAGACUGUGAAUUAUAAUUCUGUCACAAAGUCUUGCGAGCUGCUCAAUCCCGGUCCAUGGAUACCAAGUGACAUAUCAGCAACGGAAUCAAAUUGGACUGUAUAUUAUAAAGGCGACCGGCAGAUUGGUGCAGUUGAUGUUUGGCAGACGUCAACUUAUACAAGGGUUAUUGCACUCUCGGCUGAUUUGGCUGCUGACGGCAAUCGCGACAACACCGGUAAUGUAAGAUGUGCCCAUACUGAAGACUAUCAAUCAGCCUGGGGAAUGGAAUUUGAGAACGAAGCAGAAGUGUCUCACGUCAUUUUGUACUUCAACAACAAUAAGCGAUUUAAUUACAGAAACGCUAACUUGCGUUUGCUGAUUUCCGGAACGCGUCAAGAUUCUGCCAACAACAUCGGCACUGACUGCGCCACGUAUCCGGGACCCCCUGCAUCACCCCUUCCACCGGUGAAAGUCACGUGUACACUUCCGGUCACAGGAAAAUUCUUGAAGAUUAUGGUCACUGGCCAUCACCUUAAUUUAUGCGAAGUGGAGGUUUUUUCUACAUAGAUGUCGCUCUGGCGGCCAUUUUUUUAAAGGCACAUUAUACCUCAGAUACACAUUUUUAUAAUUCUUUAGAAAUUUGACAAUGUUUUAAUAGUGUAAUAUUAGAGCAUGUAACAUGUUUAACAACCGACGAAAAUAGCAUGCAGUAAAGUGUUGUAAAAGUAUCACAAUGUAAGCAAACUUGAAGUAGUUGUUUGAAUUCCAUACAAAAACUCAUUUCAAAUAAAUAUAUCAGUUGGAAGCAAAAGAUAGUUCCUCUGUAUGGCAAAUGAGUAUUUUCUAUGAAAUCUGUAACAGAAUACCAAACAUAAAAUAUUUUGUGAAAUUAAAAUGGUAUCAUAACGGGCCUUUAAAUUGGAUAGAUAUUUUUUCCAGAUGUAUCAGAUUAUUUAUAGUUUAAGUGUUGUUUUAUGUUUUAUUAAUUUGUCUUAUUCUUAUAUAGUAUGGGGGACUUCACAAUGCUAUCAAUAUUGAAAACUUUGAAUUUUGCUUUAUGGUAUUAUAUACAUGUAGUAAGAUAUAAUCUACAACAUCAUAGAUAUGUUAAGAUUAUAAGAUUUGGGUCAAUGUUAACAGCUGAUGCAGAUAAUUAUAUACCCCGAAAAUAACUCUCCUGUGUGACUUUGAUCUACCGACUAUAUACAUCGGGUUUACGAAGUAUGACGUGUACGGGGAGCUUGUAUUUUAUACGCUUUUAAAGUAAACUCCACUGAUAACGAUAUCAAUUAUAACAAUAAACCACUCAUAACGAUAUGCCGCUUAUAACGAUAUUCCGCUGAUAACGAUAAACCGCUGAUAACGAUUUUGUUGCUGCAGUCCCGCCUCUUGUUUUCAAAUUGGUGGCCUCUCGGAUAUAACGAUAACCGGAUAGAGAGAAAUUCGGUGCUUCCCUGAAUAUCGUUAUAAGCAGAGUUUACUGUAUGUAUAUUUUAAAUGAUGUAUUCAUGUAAACAAUGUUCAUUCAUAGCACAAACAUCUCGGGAAAUUCAGCAUGUACAAUAUUUUAUGCAGGGAAUUAGUUUAUUUAGAAUUUUAAUUUUGUUUUUCUUAUACUAUGUAUUUCUAAAAGUUCCGAAAUUUAGAGAAACAACACCCAACCUUUAUAAGGUUAUAAACUUUAGGUAGAGUCUGACAGAUGGCAAAGACUAAAAUAUUGUUAGCAAAAAAAUGGUGUACAAAAUGUUAAACUGAAUUUCGGAAAAAGUCUUAGUAGAGUACUUGAACAUACAUUUUAUGUCAAGGCUGCAAGCCUUCAGAUGAUCCAAAAUAUUUCAAGAAAUCAAAUCUGAUAACAAUGAACUGAGCUAUUAAGAAAAGUAAAGAGAUUCAAAAAUAAUAGUUAUAAUGUUCACAUUAUAUGCGUUUAAUGACCGAUUUUGCAGUAUUUUUCAUUAUAUUUCUACGGCUUUGCUAACGCAAUAAUGGCUUUUUGCAUAUUUUGACCUCCUGUUUUGGUAAUUUGCAAGUGCCGUUUGUAAUUUUGUAAUAGUUUUUUGUUGUCGUUUUUUUGUUGUUGUUGUUAACUUUACAAAGUUUAAUAUUUAAAUACAUUUUCAAACUUUUCAUUGAAGUAAACAUGAAUCUGCAUGCGUGUUUGUAAAAAGCCAUAUUAAUUGAACGUUUUUGUACAAAUUUAAAAACUUUAAAAUUACAUUGUUUUCAUAACCUAAUGGUAAUUAUUUGAAAAAGUUGUAACAGAUCGAGAAUGUGUCUGCUAAUUAACACAUAUAAUUACGAACAUCAGAGUAAAAUAAUCCCCUUCUAAUACUGCAUGUAGUUGGUUCGGCUAUCAAAUGGUACAUGAUUAACUCAUUUUUACUAAAAUUAACAAACAACUUUCUUUUAUUUCAUAUUUUAUGUACCUAUUUAAAGAAAUUAAUUAUAUAAACAUUAACAUUAGUUUUGCUGUCCAAAGACCAUAAAUAUAUAGCUUUAUACACUGAACUGAUCUCGUGUUGUUUAAGUACUUUGAAACCAGAAGCUUCGCGCAUUUGACUACUAUAUUUGUCCUUUUUUAUUAGAAAUUUGAUAUCUUUUGCAGUUUUGAUUUCCAUAUUUAAGAGAGAUGUUCAAUAUU